CGAUGCUGAAGGUAGAUUUAGUAAUGAAGUGAUACAAGAGGAGGAGGAAAUAACCUAACCUAACCAUAUAAUAAAACAAGAGACCCCAGAUAUAUCUUACACUUAAGUAUAAUCUGAAGGAUGGUAGACAGUGAUGAUGAGGAAGCUUCGGAAGGAGGUGGGGCCACAAGCCACACACUCUCCUUGACAAGUUUUCUUUUUGGUAAUAUUGACACACAUGGUCAACUUGAGGGUGAUGUAUUCGAUGGUGAAUGCAAACGACAGUUGGCAUCCCUUUCUCGCCUGGGUUUAGGCUCUCUGCUGAGGCAAGUUACAGAUGAUGGUGAAGAUGAUGAUGAAGAUGAUGAUGAUGAUGAUGACCAUGAAGAAGAAGAAGAAGAGAUUUUUGAGAAAAGUCCAUCAGCGGUUGAUUAUUCGGACAUAACUGAAGCUGUGGAGGAUGACACAUUGGCUGAGGAGAAUGGUGAAGAUUAUGAUGCAGAGGAGGAAGACAAUGGAAUCAAUAAAUCGGACUCGGAACUGAUGCCUCCACCUCCUCUCCCCCGAACGUCUGAAGCUGGCACUACUACACCACCUGGAGACAGACGCAGACUUAUAACUCCAUUAGCUGCCAUGUUACCCUCAAAAUAUGCUAAUAUCGAUGUCAGAGAAAUCUUCCCUGACUUUCGAAACGAUGCUGUUUUACGAUUUUCAAGACUGUUUGGUCCUGGGAAGAUGGCAAAUUUACCCAAAAUAUGGAAAGGCGUGAGAAGAAAGAAGAAGAAAAAAAUGCCAACUGGAUCAGAUGAAAACCGAUAUCCUUCAAAUGAUGAUAACAUGCAGGGCGAAGAAAUGUCAUCACAAGUUGAUAUGCCUCGUGGCUUUGAACUGUACUUUGGACCAGACCCUCCACCAUAUAUGUGUGCUGCUGAUGACUGUGUCCGAUUCAGUCAAACUCAGGAACAAGAUUCCUCCGGUGGUAACCAGAAAGGUGACGGGGAUAAGAACAACGAUCGUGAUCCCAACAAACCUCAUGAGGCUGACUGGCGUUAUGGUCCAGCUCAGCUAUGGUAUGACAUGCUGGACAUACCACUCUCCGGGGGCAACUUUGAUUAUGGCUUUAAAUUAAAAAUCAAGGAUGAACUUAAUUCUCUUGAGAAGUCAGACAUCAAGUUAGAAGGUGGAACAGGUUUUACUGACCCUCUAAAAGAAGAAGAACCCAAAAGGAUGUUAGGCUAUGAAGCAGAUGCUGAAGAUGAAUUUCCUGAUGAUUCUUUCCAUAUGGUAACACAGUACAAUUGGGAGGAAGAUAUCAUAUGGAGUGGUGAUGAUAUUAAACACAAGCUCAAUCAGAAGAGGAAGAACAUGGCUGCAGGUUGGGUGCCAAGCAGUUACAAUCGCACUGCCCAAGCUUUCAGUCAACCAACCAAAGUAACUACACCAUUUGCUUCAGCCAAAAGUGCAAAAGCUAAGAGCCAGAUGCCAAAAAACAAUGUUGAUGACACUUGGUACUCCAUCUUCCCCGUCGAAAAUGAAGAAUUGGUAUAUGGACGCUGGGAAGACAACAUUAUAUGGGACCCAGAGAAUAUGCAUAACAUCCCCGAGCCUACAGUGUUGACGCUUGACCCCAAUGAUGAGAACAUCAUACUUGGCAUUCCUGAAGAUGUUGAUCCGUCAACACUCUCCCAAGGUAGUUCUGAUGCUCCUGUGAAGGUCAAGAUACCUCAUCCUCAUGUAAAGAAAUCCAAGAUUCUCCUGGGAAAAGCUGGUGUCAUUACUACCAUAGAGGAAGAAUCUCCUCCUCCCCCACCUAAAUCUCCUGACAAAGACCCAUUCAACAUCUCUAAUGAUGAAUACUACCAACCUAAGUCUUCUGAGCAGACUAUUAAGAUGUCCAUGGGUGGAGGACUACUUCAACAUUCUACUCCAGUUGUUGAACUUCAACCACCUUUUAUUCCUACGUAUAUGGGAGAGAAGAAGCUUCGUUUAUUCCAUCGGCCACCUCUAAAACGAUAUUCUCAUGGUGCUUUGUCAAGCAUGGGUCCACAUGCUGUACACCCACUUACUAAGGAGAUAAAGAAGAAAGCAAAGCAAAGGGAAAUGGAACGUUUAGCAUCAGGUGGAGGUGAUGUGUUCUUCAUGAGAACCCCUGAAGACCUGACUGGCAAGGAUGGUGACAUUGUCCUGUUAGAGUACUGUGAAGAGUAUCCUCCACUGUUAUCUCAGGUUGGUAUGGCAACAAGAUUUAAGAACUAUUACAAACGACGAGCCGGAAAUGACAAGGGACCCCCAGAGUUCCGCUUUGGUGAGACAGCUUACGCACACACGUCACCAUUCCUUGGGGCCAUGCAUCCAGGCCAGAGUAUUCAAACACUGGAGAAUAAUAUGUUCAGAGCACCGCUGUAUGAACACAAGCAUAUCCUCUCAGACUUCCUAGUUAUAAGAACUCGAAAUGGUUAUAAUAUUCGAGAACUGGAUGGCGUCUUCACAGUUGGCCAACAGUGUCCUCUGUAUGAAGUCCCAGGACCAAAUUCCAAAAGAGCCAACAACUUUAUAAGGGACUUUUUGCAGGUAUUUAUCUAUCGUUUGUUUUGGAAGAGCAAAGAUAGCCCCCGGAGGAUAAAAAUGGAUGAAAUUAAAAGAGCUUUUCCAGCCCAUUCAGAGAGCUCUAUCCGCAAGAGACUCAAGCCUUGUGCAGAUUUCAAGCGCACAGGUGCUGACAGUAAUUGGUGGGUGAUCAAGCCCGAGUUUCGUCUACCAACCGAGGAGGAGAUCAGAGCCAUGGUGUCACCUGAGCAGUGUUGUACCUAUUUUAGUAUGUCUGCAGCAGAACAGCGCCUCAAGGAUGCUGGCUAUGGUGAUAAAUUCCUGUCAGCACUAGAAGAUGAUAAUGAUGAUGAUACACAAAAACUGGAUGAUGAGAUCAAGGUUGCACCUUGGCAUACUACCCGUGCCUACAUCCAGGCUGUACGUGGAAAGUGCCUACUGCAACUGACUGGCCCAGCUGACCCAACAGGUUGUGGUGAAGGAUUCUCUUAUAUCCGAAUCCCAAACAAGCCAACACAAAAUAAAGAAGAGCAGGAGCAACAGCCAAAGCGUACAGUUACAGGAACAGAUGCUGAUCUUCGAAGACUGUCCCUUAAUAAUGCAAAGAACCUUCUACGACAGUAUGGGGUUCCAGAAGAUGAGAUUGCAAAACUAACUAGAUGGGAGGUGAUUGAUGUGGUGCGAACCUUGUCAACAGAGAAAGCCAAGGCUGGAGAGGAAGGAAUGAAUAAGUUUUCUCGAGGAAACCGCUUCUCUAUAGCUGAACACCAAGAGAGAUACAAAGAAGAAUGUCAGCGCAUAUUUGAUCUCCAGAAUCGAGUAUUAGCAUCUGAAGAGGUGUUGUCCACUGAUGAGGGAUCUUCAGAGGAGGAGGACAAUGACUCAGAUAUGGAGGAAAAGGGGAAGUACAUUGAAAAUAUUCUCGCAAAUAAGAAGACUUCAUCUCAGAUGACGAUGGAGAAAGAAGAACAAGAGAGAAAAGAACUACAGAAGAUGAUAAUGGGCGAUGACGAUAAAGAUGGGGAUAAAAGAAAAGGAACAAAGAAAGAUGAAGAUGAAAACUCUCAAUUUGGAUUUGGAACACCAGGUCGACUUUUAAGAAUCACUCGCACGUUUAAGACUCCAGAUGGGAAGGAAUACACUAGAACUGAAAUUGUACGAAAAACUGCUGUGAUUGACACCUAUGUUAAGAUCAGGACUUCAAAAGAUGAAUCAUUUAUUAAAAGCUUUGCUGGGCAGCUAGAUGAGACUCAGAAGGAGGAGAUGAAACGUGAGCGUCGUCGUCUCCAGGAGCAGCUGAGGAGGAUCAAGAGAAACCAGGAACGCCAACAAAAGGGGAUUGUAACUCCACCCAAGACCAAGAAGCCUAAGCUGAAACCAGACUUGAAAUUGAAGUGUGGUGCUUGUGGUCAGGUGGGACACAUGCGGACCAAUAAGGCAUGUCCCAUGUAUGCUGGCAACACCAAUGCCUCACAACCCAUCAGUGUUGCUAUGACUGAAGAGCAGGAGGAGGAGAUGGAAAAAGGUGGUAUUGAAGAGUCUGAAGAACUGAUAAAUGUAGAUGGCACCAAAAUCAAGUUGUCCUCCAAAGUUAUUAAGCAUGCAGAAGAGCUGAAACGAAGAUCGCUUGUACUCAAAGUACCUAAAGAUCAGGUAAAAAAUGCAAAACGAAGACGAGCAGGCACAGUGGUACACUGUGACUACUUGAAACGGAAAGAACGAUCUGUCAAUCGACGUCGAAUAGACCCUGUCAUUACGCUUUCCACCAUAUUUGAGGAAAUUUUGAAUGACAUGAGGGAAAUGUCAGAUGCUCAGCCCUUCCUCUUCCCAGUUAAUGUUAAGCAAGUACCUGAUUACUAUAACAUUGUCAACCAUCCAAUGGAUUUAUCUACCAUCCGGGAUAAUUUACGUCAAAAGAAGUACCAAAGCCGUGAAGAGUUCCUGUCUGACAUAUCUCAGAUAGUAGAGAACUCAAGACUUUAUAAUGUAGGUGUAAAGAGCACCCUCACUGUCACGGCACAAAAGAUGUUGGAGCUAUGCAUUGACCGAUUUGCUGAAAAGGAAGAACGACUUAUGAGGCUGGAGAAGGCCAUUAAUCCUCUGCUGGAUGAUGAUGAUCAGGUUGCAUUUGACUACAUCUUGGACAACAUUGUGAACCAGAAGCUAUUCUCAAUGCAGGAAUCAUGGCCAUUCAUGAAGCCGGUAAAUAAGAAAAAUGUCAAGGAUUACUAUGAAAUAAUUCAGCAUCCAAUGGAUCUUUCUACAAUUGCAAAAAAGGUUAAAAACCAUAAGUAUCACAGUCGAGCAGAGUUUAUGCAUGACAUGGAUUUGAUCCUGACAAACAGCAUUAGAUACAAUGGCCAAGACUCAUCCUUCUCACAGAAAGCUGAGAUUCUGCUUCAAGUGUGUAGGGAAAACCUGGCUGAGUAUGAAUCACAUCUUGAUGGCUUGGAAAAGAAGAUAGCACUAGCCCAAGAGCGAGCAUUAGAACAAGCUGAAACAGACUCACUAGGUACAUCUCUAGGCCCAGAUGAUGAUACAAACUACACAUAUGCAGAGCCUGAACAAGAUCAUCCUGAUCACCACCUGGGCUCACCAUCUGAUCAUCUCAUGGGCUAUUCAGGUGAUGAAGAUGAUGAACAUGUCAAUGUUGUUGAUGGUGAUGAGGAGGACAUGAUGCCAUCAGCUAAAAGAAGAAGGAUGCAACAGUCACAAAGGAAUGUCUUGGAGGAAGAUCUUGAAUUCAGUGAUGAUGAAGAAGACUUUGGAAAUCAACAAGUGGUGGAGAUACCUGAGGGUAUUGGUCUUGAGGAAGACCAGUAUGAUCAUCAUCUGCAAGGACCUGAUGAGACCCAGGGUGCAGCUGAGGCUAUGGUGCAGCUCUCUGCCCAGUACUCAUACUAUCAGCAGGGUGAAGGAGGUGAAGAAUAUAACCCAGAGGGACUGGCUGGUGAAGGCAGUAUGGAGGUGGAUGCUAGCUAUGAUCCUUCAGUAGAGUUUCUUGGUGGCAUGAUGCCAUCACAGCCACAUGAUGGCGGUAAUAUCAAUAAUGACUUAGCUGUUUCUGACUCCGAUGAUGAGACAGUCCAGCAGGUGAGACAUCAAGAGGAUAACCAACAACAAGAGGAAGAAGAUGACAGAGAUGCUUUGUGGUUCUAAAAAUGUCUUCAUUUCACUUCUUAUUGCCCCACACCCCCCUCACACACACACACACACACACAUCAUUGGUUGUUAUUCAUAUUCCUAUUACUGUACUGUAAUAGAAGUUUUUCAAUAUUAUUCCCAUUCCACAACAAGGCUCUAAAUCUUGUUUAUAGCUGUCUCUUCACACAAUGUCAUCUUUCAUUUGCAACAUCUUUCCCCAGAAAUCACUUGACUUUAUUCUCCUUGUUUAUUCAUACAUAUUGUUGUUUCCUCGAUGCUAAUCCCCUCCCUUCUAGUAAAUGCUUCACCUCAUUCAUCCAUCUCCUUUUGGUGUUCUCCUCUCCGUCCUACCUUCCAUGUCUGAAUUAUACACUAUUCACCAAGCCUUUACCUCUCAUUCUCAACAUAUCCACUUGUCCAUUGUGUAUGUAUUAUUUAUAUAUUUCUUUUAUACUUCAUAUUACUGACCUCAUGCUAUUGUUUAAUUCUGUGGAAUACAUCAUGAAUCUGUGGUAUAUUGAUUGAUUGGUGGUGGUAAUUACAUGUUUGGUAAUGCAGCUGAAUCUGUGGUAUAGGAGAAUAAAUUAUUGUAUUGGGCUGUUAAACCUAUUUACAUAUGAUUUAUGAACUUGCAUCCAGAAUAAUAUUCUCUUGUAAGACUGUGUUUAGUGAGGUGACUAGUGUAUGAUGGACUGACUUUGGCUUAGUCUUCAUGCUUGUUAAAUUCUUAGUACUGUACCAAGGAUAAUAUCAGCAUAUUUUUGUGUGUUGGCAGCCUUCAAACUUUGUACUGUACACAGUUUGGUACUGUGUAUGCAAUA